CCAGGUAGGCCUUCCAGGGGAGAAAGUUGGAGCAGCGACCUAAAGAGGCACUGGCGUGAUCCAGAACCAAAUCAUCCCGCGGUGCGGUGCAGAGACUCCAUGAGGCCCUGUACAUGGGCUGUGUGGAGGUCCUGCAAUCCAUGCGUGCCCUGGACUUCAACACCCGGACUCAGGUCACCAGGGAGGCCAUCAGCCUGGUGUGUGAGGCUGUGCCAGGUGCUAAGGGGGCUGCGAGAAGGAGAAAGCCCUGUAGCCGCCCACUCAGUUCCAUUCUGGGGAGGAGUAACCUGAAAUUUGCUGGGAUGCCAAUCACUCUCACUGUCUCCACCAGCAGCCUCAACCUCAUGGCCGCAGAUUGCAAACAGAUCAUCGCCAACCAUCACAUGCAAUCUAUCUCAUUUGUGUCUGGUGGGGACCCGGACACAGCUGAGUAUGUCGCCUAUGUUGCCAAAGACCCGGUGAAUCAGAGAGCCUGCCACAUCCUGGAGUGUCCCGAAGGGCUUGCUCAGGACGUCAUCAGCACCAUUGGCCAGGCCUUCCAGUUACGAUUCAAACAAUACCUCAGGAACCCACCCAAGCUGGUCACCCCCCAUGACAGGAUGGCUGGCUUUGAUGGCUCAGCUUGGGAUGAGGAGGAGGAAGAGCCACCUGAUCAAUACUAUAAUGACUUCCCGGGGAAGGAACCCCCUCUUGGGGUGGUGGUGGACAUGAGGCUUCGGGAAGGAGCCCCCCAGGGGCCUGCUUGACCCACUCUGCCCAGUGCCCAUAACCCCAGCCACCUGGGAGCUACGCUGCCUGUGGGGCAGCCUGCAGGGGGAGACCCAGAAGUCCACAAGCAGAUGCCACCUCUGCCACCCUGCCCAGCAGGCAGAGAGCUCUUUGAUGACCCCUCCUAUGUCAACAUCCAGAACCUGGACAAGGCCCGGCAAGCAGGGGGCGGGGCUGGGCCCCCCAAUCUUGCUGUCAAUGGCAGUGCGCCCCGAGACCUCUUUGACAUGAAGCCUUUUGAAGAUGCCCUUCGGGUGCCUCCACCUCCCCAGUCAGUGGCCAUGGCUGAGCAGCUCCGAGGGGAGCCGUGGUUCCAUGGAAAGCUGAACCGGCGGGAGGCUGAGGCCCUGCUGCAGCUCAACGGGGACUUCCUGGUGCGGGAAAGCACGACCACGCCUGGCCAGUACUUGCUCACUGGCCUGCAGAGCGGGCAGCCCAAGCACCUGCUGCUGGUGGACCCUGAGGGUGUGGUUCGGACAAAGGAUCACCGCUUUGAGAGCGUCAGUCACCUCAUCAGUUACCACAUGGACAAUCACUUGCCCAUCAUCUCUGCGGGCAGCGAACCGUGUCUACAGCAACCAGUGGAACGGAAAUUGUGAUCCGUCCCAGGUGCUUGCCGGAAAACUCCCUUCAACCCGUCCACUAUCCUCUGACUUAAGGACCUCACUUUGGAGUGUUCUGUGAGCUUGGCCUUGUGUAGGAGCUGGGGGUAGUGUGGACACUGGGUUUAGCAUCCAGCUCAGGGAGAGGGUUUGAGUCAGGAGCCUGGGGUAGAAUCCUACUUCUCCCCAAACCUCACCAAAGUAUUAACCUAGAGUGGUCCCUUCCCAGGGCCUUUCCUGUGCCAACCUGAUAUCCACUUCCUCAGGAAGGUGGGUGCUCAAGGCCUGGGCCGUGUGCCUCGUAAUGGAAAAUGUCCUGUGAUGACAGGCAGUCACCCUUCCAGGAAACGAACAACAAAUCACACCUCUGGUCUACCCCUGGGCUCAGGGUACUCCAGCCCCUCUCAAC